AAAGAAACUAGUGUGCCCCUGAUAAGCAACUUCUCCACUUGGCCAAAUUUGUAUUGUAAAGCUUUUUAAACCAGGAAAACAAAUACCUUGCUUGGACUCGCUGCCGUCGCCGUCGCCAACUAUAAACCACCCCAACCCAACCCUACCGUUUCGCCGGCGAAACCGGGGCUGGCGGCGUCGGGGACCAUGGGGGAGUACGCGGCGGUGAAGACCUCGGUGUGGUGGGACAUCGAGAACUGCCAUGUCCCCCGCUCGUGCGAGGCCCACCUCAUCGCCCAGAACAUGAGCUCGGCCCUCGCCGCCGCCGGCUACACCGGCCCCAUCACCAUCUCCGCCUACGGAGACACCAACUGCGUUCCCAACCACGUCCAGCACGCUCUCUCGAGCACCGGCAUCGCGCUCAACCACGUCCCCGCAGGUAUCAAAGAUGCAAGCGAUAAGAAGAUCUUAGUUGACAUGUUAAUCUGGGCUAUUGACAACCCUCCACCGGCAAAUUAUUUGCUAAUAUCUGGUGAUCGGGACUUCUCGAAUGCCCUUCAUAAGCUAGUGAUGAGACGGUACAAUAUUCUACUAGCACAACCUCCAAAUGUGUCUCAAGUGCUUACUGCUGCAGCAAAACAUGUUUGGCUAUGGAAAGACCUUGUGGCUGGGGAACCACCAUUGGCAGAGUCCCCAUACAUAAGUAGUAUAGCAAAUGGCAGUGUGGAUCAUUCGAAUACAUCGAACAACAUGGGUUCAGAUUCUUCAGACGCACCCCAUAACAGUACUCAAGGGCAGAAUAGCAUUCCGGGUGAUCAGCAAAAAGGUGGUAACAGCAAGGCAGAUAAACAAUAUAAAGUUAAGCAACCUCGGAAAAACCAGUCAGACAAUGUAUCUAAGCCAACAAGGACCGAUGAAGCUUCAGUUGAUGGAGUAUCUGAUAGUUCUAAAGGAAGCACUGCUACCGAGCCAAAUCAAUCCCAGUCUUCAUCAUCCUCAUUACCAAGUUCUGAUUUGCAUGAUGGGGGUGGAGCACAGGUGGAUGAGCUGAAUACACAAAAAAACCAGCCAUCUUCCCAGUCCAAAAAGCCGAAAAAAUCUACUCUUUCCCAUCAAAAGAGUGCUCCUCACGACUUUUACCAUGGUAAGAAGCCUGGUGUGUCAGUUGAGUCUUCAUCUAAAAAUGGUGCUCCCGAUGUGACUAGCAAUGGUCGUCCAAAGUAUCAGAAACCCCAAUCCUCUCAUCAACCAAGACAGCAGAACCCAGUGAACCAUCGUCCUCAUGGUGGAUCUGGCAAUUUUCAAUCAUCAAACUCACAUAGAAGCAACUCAUGUCCAGCACCAGCUGGGCAUAAUGGUAUUCCUACUGCACCGUUGCAAUUCUGGCCAAGCGGGCCACCUUAUCAUGGACCACCAAUCAAUUAUCCUGAUAUGAGUCGGUUGAAUAUUUCUGAAUAUCCUAGGGGUAUUCAUAAUAACCAAGGUUUGCAUGCCAACUACCAUCCAAACCAUCCUGGUUACAAUGAUUAUAGCUACAGACCUCCAACUCAACCUAACAUGCCUAGCAACAUGCAAAAUAUUGGACACUGGGGAGCCAACCCGGGAUGUUCACAGCCAUCUUCGGACCCUCAAGGUCUUGUAAGAUAUAUCUUAGGUGCUUUGGAAGUUUUGAAGACUGAGAAGAUUCCUCCAACAGAGCAAUAUAUAGCAGAUUGUAUAUGGUAUGGACAUGGUGAUGCUAAUAUGCCAAAUUUUGAUGUUAAGAAGGCACUUCAAGUUGCCAUGCAGCAUCAAGCUGUUGUCAAGAAAAAGUUAGGGAAAAUGUCAUUCUUUCUGGGAAAAGAUGAAAAUCUCUGGAAAUGUGUUAAUAUAAUGGAUGAUAACGCAAAAUACCCAAAAGAAACUCUAGAUGCUGUUCAUGCUUUCAUGUCUUCUGCUCCAGGCUAUUCUGAGAUAAAGAGUUCUCAAUCUAGGUUGGCAGCCGUUGUCGUUUAACAUAAUAGUGGCUGAUGCUACUACUGCCACUGGUGGAAAGGCUUAGCAUCGGUACAUUAUCUGCUUGUACCAAUUGAACAUGUUGAGGUUCUGGUCGUUGGUGCAAGCUGCGUCCGCAAAAGCUAAGUUCUGUUGAGGUUUCCUAGCACAAUGCUCUGCAUUUUGCCAAGUUUGGGGUUAAGUUGUUUUACACACAGUAUAUGUUAGCUGGAGUGAAACAGUAAGUAGCCUUAGACUGCUAAAUUUUAGUGGGAGUCAAUCUGUCAACUAUUGGGCAUGUUGAAAGAACUCUGGGCAGCCCUGGCUGUGGCUACUCCUAUGGGUGAUAAUUGUGGUGGUAAGAUGCUUAUGCAAUCAAGCAUAAAGCGGUUCAGAGGGACUAUCGUCUUUUGUUCAGGCAGUAUACCGAUGCCUGAUGCUGGUGGUUAUGAUCUGCCCUCAUUGUACCAAGAUGGCUUCAAAGGCGUCCAUGAAAUAUGAGUUGACAUGGAGGAAAUUUUCUGUAGUAUUAGACUAUUGGUAUAGCUGCAUAGCUGUUGCUAUUAAGCUACUCGUUGAAGCCUUGAUCUACCCACAUUAUAUUCCCAGUUCCUACAUGUACUCAUUGCAGUAAGCAUGGAUGGACAGGACCCUGUGAGUGUGAAGUUCAGUGUAUCCACUUUUGAAGCAUGGCAACAGAGUCUGAAAUGCAAGCAAACUGCAUUAAAGACAGUCAUGCUGCUAGCUGCAAGGUUACCUAUAGUUCGGUGGCCUCUAUUGGCUCUGCCGGGAAAGGUUUGGAGUUCAUCUAAGCGCCUUCCAGCAUCUUUGCUCCCACCUUUAGGGCUUGUUCGGUUAUUCCCAAUACACAUGGAUUGGAUGGGAUUGGAAAAAAUUGUGAAGAAGUUUGACUUGUUUGGGAUUCAAACCCAUCCAAUCCCGCUCAAUCCACAUGGAUUGAGAGCUAACCGAACAAGCCCUUAGAUGGCGGGAUGUUUCUUGUAAUGCUGGCAAACUAUUAUGCUGCUUCUUGUAAAUCUUACUGGUUGCUGAUUCUACCAAGUGCUCCGGUUGACAUGUUGCCUGAGAGUAAAUGGUUGAUGACUCUAUUAAAUGCUUCGAUAUGCUGUUGUC